CGAAGUUAGUAGCAGUACAAAAUUCCAAACUCGAUAUUUUGGGCAGCCACAGAUUUAGCCGCUAAAUUUCCUUGGCAGAUAAUAACAAAUACAACACGAAGCUCGUGGUUACAGUUACCUCCCGGAGAUUCAAAUCAGAAUCUCUUUGCUCUCUCACUCUCAACUAACAAUUCAAAAAUGGCCACCACUACUCUCUCGCGUCAUCUUCUCUGUCUCUACUCUUCCUCUAAACGAACCAAUUCAUCUCGUUCCAGAAACUUCACCUGCUCAGUUCGAUACAAAACCGUCCUCAAAUCAUCACUUCACGAGAAAGACACCACCACUACCGCCACUUCUGUUGAAACUUCACCGCAAAAACUAACUCCUAAAGAGAUAGAUAAACCCGAACCGAACCGAUUGGCUUCAGCCGAUUCGUUUUCUGUUUUCCUCAGCAGUUGGAGAGAUGGAUUUAAGCUUGAUGAAUUGGGAAUGGAGAUAUGGUCUAUUGCAUUGCCUGCUGCGUUGGCUUUGGCUGCUGAUCCGAUUGCUUCACUUGUCGAUACAGCCUUUGUUGGUCAUUUAGGUAGCUUUUUAUUUUCCUUUGUUAAUGUUUGCGUUUCCAAAAACAAGAAACGCCCAGAAUUUUAUAUAAUUGCCUUUAGUUGA